AUGAUUCGACAACAGAAUUAUAAAAAGUCAGCCAAAGAUCGUGAUUAUGCAUUUACAAAAAAUAAUCAUACGUAUAAGAGAUGUGUGAAGGUCAUUAACCAAAGUAUAGAUGAAACUUCAUAUUAUAACACUUUUUAUCACAUAAACCGCGGUGUUAUACAAGAAUUUCCGGCCCUGAGAAAAGCCAUGACAACUCACGUGAAAAAAUAUCGUAUUUUUUCACGUGUGUUGACAUAGCCAAUCAGCUGCUUACACGUCACUCGCCUUUGGCGCCACUCGGUCAGGUUGAUGAAUGAACGGCAAAGCCUUUACGAUUCUCACUACAAGUUGUUUGUCAGAGCUUUAUCGGAUUAUGGUGACUAAAACACUAAAAAAUCCGUAUUGCUGACAGACAAUGAGGUUCAAACUUUCCUAGAAGGGGAAGAAAACCAAUAUACUAAAAGAAAAACCGAAAGUUGCGUAUUCAGUGGCUUUGGUGUUAGCAUAUCUCUCGGCUGAGAAUGAAAAUCGACAACUGGAAGAUUUGCCACUGGCCGAUUUUGGCCGUUUACUUGAAAGACUUCUUCUGUCGGUAAGGACAAAGUCAAUGAGUGAGAGUUUUGUAAAUUGAAAAUUACGACCAUAGUUGUUCUUGUAAUCAUGAUUCAACGAAUUUUUCCAACUUAAGAGUCAGCGUCAACGCACUCUACGAUUGUUAUUCGAGGAUUGUCGAUUCAUUUAUUCUCAUUCAUUAAUGAAGUGGCUUAUUUGAUUGGCUAUUGUGUUUAUAUGAUAAAAAAAUAAUACAUGGUCGCUUUUAGAUAUGGAAUUUCUCUUCUUGUUUUCAACUAGACUGCGCUCACUCGUGAGCUAUCGAGUUAACAACUCGAAGAGAAAUUCCAUAUCUACGCGCGCCCAUGUAUUAUUCCCUAUAUAUGCUGUGCAACAGCAUCUUAAAAUUAAUGCAGGUAUCAUAAAGAUGGUCUGUGAGCCUUUGAAUAAAUGCAAAACAGGAACUUCGAGCAAGGAUGGUUGUGAGUAUGAAUUCAAGUGUAUUGGAAAAGAUAAUAUACCAACUAAUUGUGACAUCAUUAAAUCGAGUGAUGUAUCAGAAGGAUUGACAAAUGAUGAAAAGAUAAUGAAUCAAAAGAAAUCAUAA